AUGAAUAUUGAACAUAUUUUAUUAACGGGUGCCUCCACUGGUAGGCGAACAAGGCAUUUCUCUUUAACAAAGCCUAUGCAUCCAUCUAAUACAAGAGAUUCACCUGAGCCGUCUUUGAUUUUAGGUUUUGCUUAACCUUGGAAGGAGAACGCAUUAUAAAUAUUUGUCCUCAUUACCAAAUUUAUAAUCAAAUUGAAAUAGGCUGCUGAAUAAUACAGAUUUAAAUUAAUAACGCAUCGUAUCCACAACAUAAUAGGUGACAAGGCUUCAGAUUUUAUUUAUUAUCAAAGAAAAGGAUUGGUAAAAGCACCAUUUACAUUUCUGGAUUUUAUAACUUCCAUGAUUGUGAACAAAAUGCCCUCAUUGGAUUUCAGUGUAAUCAAACCAGAUAGUAAGUUUAAAUUGAUUAUGGAUUUGGUCAUCCUUGUCCUCAUCAUAAUCAAUAUCUUUUAUAUUCCGAUGCAAUUGUCAUUCUAAUUAAAUAACAAUAACACACACACUUCCUAGUUGGGUAUUUAUAAAUUAAUAUUAAGGAUCUUCCUAAUAGAAAUACUUCUUAAUUUUAAUACAGCAUACUAUUCAAAAGGCAUGAUCCAUGAGAGCAGACAGAAAAUAUUCAAGCAUUACGUUCAAGGAGAAUUUGCUUAUGAUUUGAUAGUGGUCAUACCCUUCUUGAUAUCGUAAUACAAGAUUCCUUAUAUCAAUUUUAUGCUGUUGUUGAGAAUAACAAGAGUGAAGAAGAUCUUCGAAUAAAUUGAAGAGAUAUCAUUAAUUAGAGAGAAAUUUGCAGCUCCCAUAGACAUAUGUAAACUCCUGUAUUUCUUGAUUCUGGUUUCCCAUAUGCUUGGUUGUGCCUGGCACUUUGUUGGUUAAAUAGAAUUACAGAAUAACAUAGACAAUUGUUGGUUGACAAGGUAUGGCUAUGCUGAUAAGGAUUGGGUAGUAAGAUACAUAGCCUCAUUGUAUUUUGGGACCAUUACUGCCUUCACAAUAGGAUAUGGAGACAUUGUUCCCCAAAAUUAGUUUGAAUAAAUGUUUGUGAUUUUAACAGUGUUAAUAACAUCUCUAAUAUUUGGAUACACUAUAUCUGCAAUCUAAUAAAUAUUUGGUUAAUUGAGAGAGAAAACUGAUCAGCAUCGUAAUAAUAUGGCCACUGUGAAUUCCUAUUUGAAGAAGAAUAAAAUUAAUCCGCUUCUAUAGAUGAGGAUAAGAAAGUAUUUUGAAUAUUUCUUCACUCUCGAUGAAACUUAAGACGUAUUAAUGGAUCAUCUCAAUGAAGACCUGAAGCAAGAGUUAAAAGCUAGUAUCUUUAUUCCAAAAUUGAAACAGUGUUAAUUAAUCAAUAGGUUUAAUGAUUCCCUUUUGGCUCAGCUGAGUAGAGUAGUCAAAACAUAGAAAUACAUCCCUGGUCAAAUAAUAUUCUAAUAGGGAGACUUUGUACCCAAAGCAAUGUUUCUUGUUAGAGGAGAAAUAGAGUCUCUCAUCAAUAAGGUCUCAAUUAGAACCUAAAAGCAAGGGUCAUUUGGAAUUAGAGAAUUUUUUCUCAGAAAUGCUGUCCAUUACACGACUAAGGCGACUAAGUUUUCUGAAAUUGCGUAUAUUACACAUGAAGAAUUUAUUGAAGUUGUAAAGAGACAAACUAGCAAUUAUGAGCAAUAUUGUUUAUUACGAGAUGAUUUACAAUUCGAUCUGUGUCCUAUUUAAUGUUAAGUGUGUUUGAGAAGUCAUAAUUUCAUGGAUUGUCCUGUUGUAUUUUACAGUCCAAGUAGAGGCAAGAUCGCAAUAGACAAAGGAUAGAAUAUUAAUUAGGUUAGACAUAACUUACAUGAGAGAAAGAAAAAGAAAUCAAAAAACAGUUAUUUUAAUAUGGUUGAAAAAAUUGAAUUAGCUCUCGAUUUAUAAUUAGAAAAUGGCUUGCUCUAACAAGAAUAGAUUAAUUCUCAUUAUAUCUUAGAUCUUGGAUUACCGACUGCUAUGGAUGACUUUUCUAUUGAUUCCUUGACUAAAAGGAAAUAAUAAAAUGUAGUUGAUUAGUUUAGGCUUUCAAAGGUGAAAUAAUUAAUAAAUUAAGGUAAACUUUUGAAAUUAGAAAGAAUACCUUAAGUAAUCAAUGACUUGUACUCAGACUUCUUAAAUAUAAAGAAGGAAAGUUUGGACAAUUUUGAUAAAAAGGCAAAUCUAUAACACUAUCACAUAGAUGACAAUGUGUUAAAUGUGCUGAAGAACUUUACAAAUCGAGAGUACAAAGUUGUAAAUAGAAGGGUUAAUAGGAUGAAAACAUUUUAUAGGAGAGGAUAGCAUAGUAAAACUUGA